AUGGACCCCCAGGCUCUGAAGAAAUUAGGAGGGUUUGGCGCUGUGGCCCUCGCGGGGGUUGCGGGGGCUGUGGGCCUCUUCAAUACUUCUCUCUACAAUGUGGAGGCUGGGCACCGGGCCAUUGUGUACAACCGGCUGCGGGGCAUCAGCAGCAAAAUAUACUUCGAAGGAACUCACUUUUGUUUUCCCUUUUUGGAAAGACCAAUUAUUUACGACGUCAGGUCCAGACCCAGAGUCCUCACCAGCCUCUCAGGCUCCCGCGACCUGCAGAUGGUGAGCAUAACGUGUCGGGUGUUGUCGCGUCCGGACGAGGGUCGGCUGCCCGAGGUGUACAGACAGCUGGGGAUGGACUACGACGAGAAAGUGCUGCCUUCGAUCAUUAAUGAAACUUUAAAAUCAAUUAUUUCUCAGUUUAAUGCCAGUCAAUUAAUCACUCAAAGAGAAGCCCUCAGCAGCAGGAUCAGGGAGCAGUUGGUGCGAAGGGCCAGGGACUUCAACAUCCUCCUCGACGACGUCUCACUCACGCACCUGAGUUUCUCGCCGGAGUACGAGCGGGCCGUGGAGGCCAAGCAAGUGGCGCAGCAGCAAGCAGAGAGAAGCAAAUAUGUUGUCUUGCGGGCUUUGGAGGAAAAGAAAAGCACCAUUAUCAAGGCCCAGGGCGAGGCCGAGGCCGCCAAACUCAUUGGAUCUGCAAUAAAGAGCAACCCGGCCUUCCUGGAGCUGCGGCGUAUAGACACCGCAAAGGAAGUGGCCCAAACCCUCGCCCGCAGCAGCAACAAAAUUCUUUUGUCUUCAGAAGCCCUUUUGCUAAACCUCGCUGUAGGAAAGAAUUUUUCGACGGAGUACUUGAGCGCGGCAAAAUAA